AUGGCGACAACAUACGCACUAAAGGCACAGGCAUUUCACAGCGAUGUCAACAAGCUUAUUUACAGCCCAGUCCCACUCCCAAUGCUCUGCACAGAUGCAGUCUGUGGAGUGAAGAUACACAAAGGCUGCCAGCAGGCCCAGGAAAUGCAAAGACAUUGCAUCAUCACACAGAGAAAUACCAUGAAGGGCCAUGCAAGAACAGGUGGAACUCUACAUCCUAGUCCAUUGACUUUCAAGGACGUGGCCAUCAGUUUCUCCAAGGAGGAAUGGGAAUGCCUGGACACUUCUCAGAGGGAUUUAUACAGAGAGGUCAUGUUGGAGAACUACAGCAACCUGGUUUCUGUAGGCCUUUCUGUAUCAAAACCAGAGCUAGUCACCUGUCUUGAACAGAACAAAGAACCCUGGAUCAUGAACAUAGGGGAAGUAGAAGGUAGAGACUCAGUUAAUCAUUCUGAAAACCAUGCACAUCAAAAGAUUUUUGAUAAGUACUCAAAUACUUCUUUGCACCAACAUGACCAUAUCAAAGAGAAGCCAUACAGAUGUAAUGCAUGUGGAAAGUCCUAUAACAAAUUCUCAUACCUUCAUAUUCAUCACAGAAUCCAUAUUAGAGAGGAACCUUACAUAUGUGAUGAAUGUGGAAAGUCCUUUGUCCAGUCCUCCACUCUUCAAUGUCACAAGAGAAUCCACACUGGAGAAAAGCCUUAUAAAUGUGUUCAAUGUGGAAAGUGCUUUAGGAAUCGCUCAUCUCUUUGUGCUCAUCAGAGAAUCCAUACUGGAGAGAAACCUUAUAAAUGUGAUGAAUGUGGAAAAUCCUUUGUCCAGUCCUCCAAUCUUCAAUGUCACAAGAGAAUCCAUACUGGUGAAAAGCCUUAUAAAUGUGAUGAAUGUGGAAAAUCCUUUGUCCAGUCCUCCACUCUUCAAUAUCACAAGAAAAUCCAUACUGGAGAAAAGCCUUAUAAAUGUGAUGAAUGUGGAAAGUGCUUUAGGAAUGGCUCAUCUCUUUGUGCUCAUCAGAGAAUCCAUACUGGAGAGAAACCUUAUAAAUGUGAUGAAUGUGGAAAGUCCUUUGUCCAAAUCUCUAAACUUCAAUGUCACAAGAGAAUCCAUACUGGAGAGAAAUCUUAUAAAUGUGAUGAAUGUGGAAAGUGCUUUAGAGAUGUCUCAUAUCUUCAUGUUCAUCAGAGAAUCCAUACUGGAGAGAAACCUUAUAAAUGUGAUGAAUGUGGAAAAUCCUUUGUCCAGUCCUCCACUCUUCAACAUCACAAGAGAAUCCAUACUGGAGAAAAGCCUUAUAAAUGUGAUGAAUGUGGAAAGUGCUUUAGGGAUGGCUCAUCUCUUUGUGCUCAUCAGAGAAUCCAUACUGGAGAGAAACCUUAUAAAUGUGAUGAGUGUGGAAAGUCCUUUGUCCAAUCCUCUAAACUUCAACGUCAUAGGAGAAUCCAUACUGGAGAGAAAUCUUAUAAAUGUAAUGAAUGUGGAAAAUGCUUUAGAUAUAUCUCAUCUCUUCAUGUUCAUCAGAGAAUCCAUACUGGAGAGAAACCUUAUAAAUGUGAUGAAUGUGGAAAAUUCUUUGUCCAGUCCUCCACUCUCCAAUGUCACAAGAGAAUCCAUACUGGAGAAAAGCCUUAUAAAUGUAAUGAAUGUGGAAAGUGUUUCAGGAAUGGCUCAUCUCUUUGUGCUCAUCAGAGAAUCCAUACUGGGGAGAAACCUUAUAAAUGUGAUGAAUGUGGAAAGUCCUUUGUCCAAAUCUCUAAACUUCAAUGUCACAAGAGAAUCCAUACUGGAGAGAAAUCUUAUAAAUGUGAUGAAUGUGGAAAGUGCUUUAGAGAUUCCUCCACUCUUCAACGUCACAAGAGAAUCCAUACUGGAGAAAAGCCUUAUAAAUAUGAUGAAUGUGGAAAGUGCUUUAGGAAUGGCUCAUCUCUUUGUGCUCAUCAGAGAAUCCAUACUGGAGAGAAACCUUAUAAAUGUGAUGAAUGUGGAAAGUCCUUUGUCCAAUCCUCUAAACUUCAACGUCAUAGGAGAAUCCAUACUGGAGAGAAAUCUUAUAAAUACAGUAUCACAAACAUCACUUUUGGAAGCCCUGUACUUGAUGUGAAUUUGGAAGUGUUUAUUCAGAAGUAG